AUGACAGAGACAUCUUGUGUGAAUUCUACUAUCUGUAGUAUUCAAACUGUUGUUGUGUCUACGGUUGGUACAACCAAUGAUCCAGUCACCAUUACAAAUAGUCUGGGCGAUACUGCCACCGGUACACCUAAAGAAGCUUCUUCUAAAUUUUGGCCCGGCUCUUUCUACACUACAAUCACGAUGACUAUUUGUUCUGAAAACGAUCAAUGUGAAGAAGUGGUUUCUGUGAUUCCACCAAAUGAGACUAUGUACAUUUCUACAUCUACUAAAUUUGAAAAAGAAGGAGCAAAUUUCCGCAGUGGAAAUACAGACUUUUCCACAGUUACCGAACAAGGUUUUCAUAUGUCUUCGGAUCGGAUCGAAAAUGGUGCUAUAGUUCUCAAGUUUUCACCAAUGUUUGUUUCGUUAUUGGCUUUGAUGAAUUUUUUUUUUGUGAUAUUAUGUUAUUAUUACGGAGAAGAAUUGGUUUUCCAUUUUAAAUUUCCCCUUUGGUUUAUUUGGUGA